UUUUAAAAAUUCAAAACUAAAAUACACAUCUUUAAAAAAUCAAAAUUUCGAGUAAAUAGGAAAUAGAAAAGUAAUCGGAUUCAGAUUUCAGAGGGUAAUAUAUCUAGAGCCAUAGAGGCAUAGGUUUAGGUCCGAAUCGGAAUUGUUUUUGCAGACAUCGGAAAAACAGGAAUCCGUUCCAAUGUUCCGUUCUGAUUCGGAUUCACAAGGCAGUCUUGACAAGAAGAAGAAGAAGAAGAGAAUGAAGUUAUCAUCAUCGGAAUCAAACGGCAGUCUUGACGAGAAGAAGAAGAAGAAGAAGAGAUCGAAGUUAUCAUCAUCAGAAUCAAAAGGCAGUCUUGAUGACAAGAAGAAGAAGAAGAGAUUGAAGUCGUCAUCAUCAUCAGAUUCUUCCCAUCAUCAUCAUCUUCAUCAUCCGUUGUUCUUCGAUGGGCUGAGCGAAGGGCUGUUGAUUGAAAUCCUGAUUAGGGUUCCGAGCAGCAGGGAAGCAAAUCAGCUGAAAUUGGUAUGCAAGCGCUGGAAUUCCCUCAUCUCUUCCCCUUAUUUCAUCACUUUCUUCAAUCACCACCGCCACGAUCCGUGCCUUUGCCCCUUUCCUCCGGACGAUUCGUCGCACAGCGUUGUGUGCCGACUAGGUCACGAAAUAUGGCUGGUCCGUUAUCGACACCCCGACCGCAACACGAUCGAAUUCGAUGCCAGCCACGUCCUUGAUUUCAGUUUUCUCCCCAUCCCUCAAACCAAAGAUAUCACAGUGCAUUGUUCGUGUGCCGACUUGAUCUUGUGCUCUUAUAAGAGUGGUAACAUGACCAGAUCAUAUUUCUAUGUUUGUAAUCCCCUGACCAAGCAAUGGGCUGCUCUCCCCGAUACAUAUGUGGAUGUGUACCCCUUCGCCCGAGGGGAAACCGUUGGGCUCCUCUGCGUUCCUUCAUCGUGUUCCCUUUGCCUCCACGGUGGCUGCAAAGACCACCACCGUUGCGCUGCUGUUGACAAUUCUCGCUAUAAAUUUACGGUUGUGCGAAUUCUUAAAUGCAAUCCUCUACUUGAGCCCUGGAAGGAACGUUCGUUUGAGCCUGUUUCCGAGUUCAACUUUGAGCUCUAUUCGUCCGAGGACGGUCGAUGGAGAAGUUGCAUGGUUACAACCCCACGGGCACUACCUCGUCAAGUCGGUGCUUUUUCGUCUCUCGUGGCAUACAGAGGCAAGCUGCAUUGGCUCGUUGACGGUCACAUUUUGGUAUACGACCCGUAUAAUUCUCCUACAAGGUUUUCCCGUGUCAUUGAUAUCCCUCCACCACACUCAUAUCCUGACACCUUCAGUAGCAUUGGCGUGCGCUGGGAUCGUCUUCAUGUAACGACCGUGUCCCGUGACUUUAGUACCAUGAGCGCACGCUUGGCUGAUUGUAAUGACCAUUAUAUAUGGGAACUCGAGGACUACGACACGGGGAGGUGGAGUUUGGCUCACAAGUUUCGCGCUAGAAGUCUGUUUCCUUGUGUAACCGAAGAAUUGGUUUAUGUGAGAGGCGAUACAAAUCCACAACCACAGGGUGGUGAAACACGGUUUUCCGAAUUGGGAUGGCAAGCACAUGCCUACUACUCAUCGUUCCAGCUUCACACUAAGAUUGUUAACCAGUGGUGGCCAACGCCAGUACUACCGCUGCCGAGGGGAACCGGCAUUGCACAACUAAGAAUGAUAGAAGCACUCUUGAGAAUCUCGAAAAAGAUGAGGAAAGAUGAAAGAAGAAGAUAGUGCAUCGUUAUAUUCCCAAUGAUCAUAUUUUAUGGCCAUCAUAGAAUCUUUCUUUGUAUUUAUUCAUAUGAUACUUCUUCUGUCCGUAAAAGAUUGAUAUCGUUUGAAUUUUUUGGUCAAACUGUGAUACCAUUUGACAACGAAUUAAAUAUAGUUUAAAAUAAUUAAAUAUUAUAAAAGUUUGAUAUUUUAAAACUAUAUUUUAAAAUAAAUCUAAUUUUACUAAAUUUACAUUAUAACU